AUGCGCCACGACUGGCUCACGCGGCUCCGCGCGGCCGUGGACACAGCGGCAGGCACAAGCACACACGCCGAACUUCGUUUGGGCCGAGACCGUUUUCGAAGCCGCAUCCUGUCUCGCCGUCUUGCGUGUCUCCAUUCGUCUUUUGGCGCAAACAGGCUUCCGGUUCCCGAGCGCAGAAAUCCCGCGGUUGCCGCCGGGGUGGCCCUGGGAGACGGCGCCUCGCCCGUCGGUCCGCAAAACGGGAAAGCUGGAGAGAAAGGCAGAUUUCUCGAGAAUCUGCAACCGAGAACGAGGGAAAGGGACGGCUGGCGACAUGUGAGCAACGAGGCAGAGAAUCCUAGGCGGGCCUUGCGGCGGUUUACGCCCCUGUCCGUCGCUAAGCGACAAGCACUCGAGACGCGACACACAGGAAAAAGAAAAGGCUUUCCGGAAGAGAGUUUCGCGUGUGAUCCUGAGCCGCCUCAAGGACGCGAAUGGACUGUACAGCCAGUGUCUGAUGCGUCGCGCCUGCUGGGGGGCGGAGCCUCGGUGCCUCGCGGCACGUCUCCUCCGUACUUUUGGCUGUUCUCUCCCACGGGCAGAAGGUUUUUCCACGACAGCGGAUCGCCCGUAGGGCCUCAGAACUCCGAACUGGAACGCGAGGCAGGCAAGGGAAGAGCAUUUUCGACACAAGGCGCAGGGCAGCAGAGAGCAGAGGUGGGGGAAACAUGUCGGAGCGACGGUUUCCUGGAGGGGUAUCCCGGAAGUAGAGAGGCAGGAAUGAGCGGAAGGGAACGGGACGGAGACUUGGGAAGGGCGGGACGCGAAGCGCGGACAGAGGAAGACGCUCUGUGGCGAAAGGAAGCAGACUAUUUGUCUCCAGAGGCUCGCAAGCUUCAGUGCCUCUACCACAGAAGGAGUUCCUACCUUCGAGGUGAAGACGGGCAAACAGCCCGGCCGGUCGUCCCGGCGUGGCUGCGGCAAAAGGGCGAGGAGAAAGAGAUGGGAGAAGAAGAGUCAGUCAAACUGGGAACGGCGGAUGGAGGCGCCGUCUGCGUCGUCCUAGUUAACCUCGGCAGUCCGUCUGCACCAACGUACAGAGAGCUCUGGAAAUACCUGAAUCAAUUCCUGGGAGAUCCUCGUGUUGUCGAGGUUCCCUGCGUCCUCUGGUUUUUCAUACGCCACGCCUUCAUUCUUCCCUUCCGUAGCUUUGCCUCCGCCCAAAAGUACCAGUCCAUCUGGAACUUCGAUCCCUGUUCUAAGUCUGCUCCGCGCCCUCAGGCACACGGUGCGCCUUCCCUGUGUCAGUCCCUGGCCUUUGGUAGUGUUCGUAGAGGCCGUGAGACAGUCCACUCUGCGCAGGAGCACCGUCUCCACAUCUCACAAGGUUCUCUGGUCGAGGAAGCGCGAGACACGCGGUGCGCCAAAGGAAAGAAUUUGGUGCAUCCGGACCUUCCAGCGGCGGAUUCGGCUCGCCGGAGCGCGCAGCCCAUUCGGUCCCAGGGUGACACGGAGGCUGACCAGACCGCACGGCAUCUCAGAGAAGCGAGUGUCUGUGGACGUAGCUCGACGAUGACUCGUGUGGCUCUUCACGAAACACGAAAACGCGAUUUCUCAGGCUCGCCCGCACCUCUCGUCCGUAUCUCUGAGGCUCUGCGAAGUCAAGUCCAGGCUCGAUUCGACGCACUGCUGGACGAAAAACUCGGAGAAAGGGACAAGCGGGGAGGUUGGGAGGCGCCGACCGAUAGAGCUGUGAGAGACGGCGACAGACCCGCGAACGGGUGUGAAGGUCGAUCUAAAAGGGAGAAGGAAAGCGCGGAGCCGUCCAUGAAGAGUGCGCGCUUCCGAGAAAUGCAUGCGGCGAGACAUGGAGGCACGAACGGAAGGGGCCUUCGUGACCCAGCGGGGAUCGAGACUCCGACCGUCGACUUGCUGAAGGAAGGCGCGCGUCGCCUGCGACCCGCCGUCCGCGUGCUGAUGGGAAUGCGCUACGGCGAGCCUUCCCUUCCUUCUGUCCUGCGGGCUGCUCGAGAUGGAGGCUGCCGGAAACUCCUGAUUCUCCCGCUGUAUCCUCAAACAGCAGCUGCGACGACCUCGUCCGUUUACGACGCCGCCAUGGAGGAAAUCAUGAAGUGGCGCGUGAUGCCUGAUUUGCGCAUUCUCAGCGGCUACGCGGAUCACCCCGCCUACAUCAGCGCUCUCGCGACAACGAUCCGUCGCUUCUGGGAAGAGGAGGGGGGAGAGAGCGAGCGCAAGCACGCGAACGAACCUGCAGUUCGAGGCAGGGGCGAAAAGCUGGUAUUUUCUUUCCACGGCAUUCCUCUCAGUACGGGAAGGCAAGCGGGAGAGAUUUACCAGUGUCUUUGUGCGAAAACAGCCCGGCUGGUCGCGGACCAGUUGGAGAUGCAACCGGAGGACGUCGAGGUGGCUUUCCAGUCGCGCUUUGGGCCUGCCGAGUGGACGCAGCCCUACAUUGAUCAGCGUCUCGAGGCGCUCGCAGGCGCUGGCUACCGUCUCGUCGAUGUCGUGAUGCCCGGCUUCGCGACAGAUUGCUUGGAGACGAUUGAGGAGAUGGCUGGGAUUUACCGCGGGAAGUUUCUUCAGCUCACCAACGGCGAAGGCGAAUUGCGAGUUAUUCCCUGCUUAAAUGCCAGUGACGAGGCCACGGCGGCGGUGUUUGCCGUUGCGAAAGAGCAAAUGACAGAUUGGUUGAAGCUCAUGGAGCCUACGCCGUAG